GAUGUCACAGGGACACGUCUCUGUCCUUUUGUCGCAGCAUUUGUCGCAGCCAGUCGCUUUCCCCACGAGCUCAACAUGAAGUUUUCGACGUCAUCUACUAUCUUCCUGUUAGUUUGCGUGGUCUAUACUCGUGCUAAUAAUCAACGCCUUCCAACAGCAGAAAUAGGAGAGAUUACAAAUACUUUCUUAGCAAAAUCAGCCCUUGAAAUUCCGGCCGAGAAAGGAGAUGGAGAUUUUGCCGUUGACACAGACUCGAGUGUAGAUAAAGAGGAAGGUCAAGUUUACGUUUUCACCUACCGGACCAAGGGGGAUGUCGGUGAUGAUCCGUUUAAGCUAUGUGGCUUUUAUGACCAAACUGACGUAAGAGGACCCCUUAUUGACAACGGACUGAGAAAAGAGGGAACUGAGGCUGUUGCAUUAUUGACACAGACUUCCUUUACGGAAAAUGAAUAUCUUUAUACCUUAGUUGACAAAGAUGCAUCUCGCAUCGAAUUUCGAGAUUUGUUACAUAUAUACGGAAAACGAUGGGCCCAUUUGCAGAUCCAAAAGUAUAAAUUCAAACCUCCUUAUCAUUCUCCUCCUAUUAUUUAUGGUAACGUCUGUGUACAAACCGAUAAAACAUUCCCCAUCGACUUGAUUCGAAAGGCAUUAAAUGAAACUAUGGAGAAAUUUGUUAAAGUUUGGCUUGAGGUUGCCCCCAAAGUGGUACCUGAAGACCCAAAGUAGCACGGCACUUUGUAGAAUCAGUAUCGUACUAGAAUCCUGAACCCCCCGGAUUUGACAAAAUACACCAUUUUCAGCAA